UCCAACACGUACGACACGCAGCGUGUGGUGAAGUGUGAGCAGAGCUGUUUCACUGAGCUGAGCGGACCCAAAACAAACCAGCAGGACUGCGGCUCAGAAGAAAGAUACGGGAGAGAAGAGCCUCGCACUGAGAGAGAUAAUCAUCCUUAUUUAUAAAGCUGGAAGCUCAUUUUUAUAUUUUAUUUUGUUGGUUUUUGCACUGCAGCUGAUAGCGCAUGCAUUUUUUCUCCAUUAUGUAAAUUUUUAUGCGCUUCUUUACACGAGAGUGGACCUUGCAGUAGCAUUUCUGCUGAAAAUUUCUAGAUAAGAACAGUGAGGGAGCAGAAGACAUGGAGAAAGCACAGGGCUUCUCUCCGGACAGAAACGUCCUCUGCCUGUUUGAUGUGGACGGCACUCUGACGCCACCGAGAGAGAAAAUCGACCCGGAGCUGGAUGAGUUCUUCCAAACUCUGCGUAAGAAGGUGAAGAUCGGCAUCGUGGGAGGGUCGGACUACUCGAAGAUUGCAGAGCAGCUUGGGGAGGGUGAUGAUGUGAUACACAAGUUUGAUUAUGUGUUUGCUGAAAAUGGGACAGUGCAGUACAAAGAUGGGAAACUCCUCUCAAAACAUGCCAUUCAAAACCAGAUCGGGGAGGAGCUGCUGCAGGACCUGAUCAACUUCUGCCUCAGUUACAUGGGACUCAUCAAACUGCCAAAGAAAAGGGGUACAUUUAUUGAGUUCAGGAACGGAAUGAUCAACAUCUCCCCCAUCGGUCGGAGCUGCACGCCAGAGGAGCGAAUUGAAUUUUCUGAAAUCGACAAGAGAGAGAAGAUUAGAGAGAAAUUUGUUGCUGCUCUGAAAAAGGAGUUUGCUGGAAAAGGACUACGGUUUACUAAAGGUGGCCUCAUCAGCUUUGACAUUUUCCCAGAGGGCUGGGACAAGAGACUCUGUUUAGAGGUGCUGGAGAGGGAAGGCUUGGAUGCCAUCUACUUUUUUGGGAAUGAGACCUCAGAUGGAGGAAAUGACUAUGAAAUUUUCAACGACCCACGGACCAUCGGCUUCACGGUCUACUCUCCAGAGGACACAGCUCGGCUCUGUCGGGAGCUUUUUUUUGACGCUUUACCACAUGAGUCCUGAUGUCCCGAACUGCCCCCUUUCUCCUCGAGCCCCGUCUGAACACGAGUCUGUGGCCGUCUGCUGGCGAGCCCAGGCUGUUUUAAACUGAUGAAAGGUACCAAUACCAAUCUCUCCAUGUUUUUAAUAUUUCUACUAAAUUUAAAUGGACUGAAGCGGGGUGAAUGAGUUACACCUGUUCGGAAAGUCGCAGUUUUUUUGUUUUUGUUUUAAAAAGAAGGGACGUUGACGAGGGAAGUGUUACACGUGCGGAGCACUGUGCCCGGAGAUGUGCUCUGACCGGAGAGUCGCGUUACUGUGACGUGUUAUCACGUUCACAUUGAGAGAUUGUAACACUUGAUGCAGUUUUUUAAAAAUGUAAGACUCCAGAUUGAUGAUUUGCACUAAUGCUGACAUAAUUUUUGCCAAUAAUUGGUAUUGUUUUUUAACUCUGCUGAUGGAGGCGAGCAGUGUGAGAUACUGACAUUAAACGGGUGAUUUUAUGAGAUUUUUUAUGAAAACGAGAUCGGAAUUAAGGGCCUUUUUUAGAUCUCAAGUCGAGGAUACAGAGGAAUCAUUCCAGAUGUUUUUAAUGUCUGAACUGUACGUGUUUGACUGUUUUACCAUGUGAUCACUUGAACAUUGGAUUUUUGUUUUAACUUCUUUAACAGGAAGAAGCUUGCUGCCAU